AUGUAUAACUUAUCCAAAUCCAGAACUCCCGCCGCCGAUCCUCGCUCCGAAAACGCCAAAGCCCACCAGAUCCCCGAGGGCGAGCCUAGGGUGGUCGAGGACGGCUCCCUUCCUCCUGACGCCCAACCCAUCACCUUUAACCAGAUCGACUGGACCGAGACCGCCCUUCCCGAGUACGAGGACCGGUACGCGGUGGUGCUCGACAAUGUCCUCUCGCCCAGCGAAUGCCGCACCCUGUUGAGCCUGGCCGAGUCGAGCGUCGAUGUGGAACGUAUGAACUCGGCGUCGAGUCUCCAAGACCCCUGGAGGCCGGCAAUGGUGUCGGCGGGGGCGGGGAUGGAGGUUCUCGACUCGGGGUAUCGGAACUCGGACAGGCUGGUGUGGGACUGCCAGGAGGUUGUGGACCGUCUGUGGGCGAGGUGUCUGCAGGGCGAUGUAGGGGAGACUUUGAUGGAGAAGCUGGCUGUGCUGGAUGGGGAUCAUCGUGUGACGGGCAUCACCAGAAAAGGCAAGGAGGAGAGGUGGGAGAUGGUCGGGCUCGGGAAGAGGAUGAGGUUCCUGCGGUAUGGCGAGGGACAAUUCUUCAAGCCCCACGGCGACGGUCACUAUUCCGAAGAAGUCGGCUGGAAAAAGUUCAAGACCUUCUUCACCCUGCAUCUGUACCUGAACGACUCGGUGGCCGAGGCUGGCGAGGAUGCCGAGCUUGUGGGAGGGGCCACGUCUUUUGUCUCCAACUAUGGAUCGCGGAAAGUUGAUGUAGACCCCAAGGCUGGCCGUGUGCUGAUCUUUCAGCAGAGACUUUUGACACAUGCUGGGGAUGAUGUCGUGGAGGGCAUCAAGUACACGAUGAGGGCUGAGAUUAUGUACGAGCUGGUCAGACCCUAG